CGAAUCGGACAUCACUGUUACAGUGAGUGUAGCAGUUUUAAAGAGGCUGCCGUGGAUCUGCUGCUGAUAUGGAGACUCUUACCAUCCACAGACACUGAUCGUGCAACUUUACUGAGCCGACUGAACGGAUUACGCGCUUUCAUGGCUGCUCUCCUGCCACAUUAACAACUCCAAACAUGUCCAAAAGCCUGAAGAAGAAAAGUCACUGGACUAACAGAGUCCACGAGGUCGUGUUAUCCAGGGGUCUCAGUGGUGAUCUUGGGUUCGAGCUGCAGGGAGGCGCGGAGAAUGGACAGUUCCCCGUUAUUGGAGAGGUGAAGCCGGCCAGGGGCAAACUGCACCAGGACGAGCUACUUCUGGAGGUCAAUGAUACCCCAGUGGCCGGACUGACCAUCAGGGAUGUGUGGGCUGUGGUCAGACACUGCAGAGACCCUGUCCGUCUCAAGUGUGUCAAGCAAGGAGGUGUUGUGGAUAAAGAUCUCAGGCAAUAUCUCAACCUGCGUUUCCAGAAGGGCUCUUUGGACCAUGAGCUGCAACAAAUAAUUCGGGACAACCUCUAUCUUCGUACAGUACCCUGUACAACCAGGCAGCCUAAAGAAGGAGAGGUUCCAGGAGUGGACUACAAUUUUGUGACCGUUGAGCGGUUUGUGGAAUUGGAGAGAAGUGGAGCUUUGCUGGAAAGUGGAACUUAUGAAGAUAACUAUUACGGCACCCCGAAGCCCCCGGCAGAGCCCAGCACUCUGCUGUUGAAUGUAGCUGAUCAGCUGUUGCCAGGCGCUACACCCAGAUCCCAGGGCAAACGCAGACGUAACAAGUCCGUCAGCAACAUGGAGAAGGCUGGCAUCGAGCCGCCCGAGGAGGAAGAGGAGGAGAGGCCCGUCAUCAACGGCAACGGAGUGGCCAUCACCCCAGAGUCUAGUGAACAUGAAGACAAGAGUACGGAUGCCUCAGGAGAGAUGCCCACCACAUGCCCCUCCGAAACCUCCACAGAUGCCCCUAAAGAAGAGACAGAGCCACCAAAAUCCCCUCCCAAACCAGACGAGAAUGACGAGUUGGGUCUUCUGCCAGAUAAUUGGGAGAUGGCUUACACUGAGAAAGGAGAAGUGUACUUCAUAGAUCACAAUACGAAGACGACGUCCUGGUUGGACCCCCGGCUUGCGAAGAAAGCAAAGCCCCCUGAAGAAUGCAAAGAGAAUGAGCUUCCUUAUGGCUGGGAGAAAAUCGAUGACCCUGUUUAUGGAACCUACUAUGUUGAUCACAUAAACCGAAGGACUCAGUUUGAGAAUCCAGUUCUAGAGGCCAAGAGAAGAUUGCAACAGCAGCAGCAGAUGCAGAGUCAGGGCUUGUCCUCUCUCCCCCUACCUACAGUCUACAGAGAAAAGCCUCUGUUCACACGGGACCCCACGCAGCUGAAGGGAAGCUUUCUGUCUACAGCCCUGCAGAAAAGCAACAUGGGAUUUGGCUUCACUAUCAUCGGAGGUGACGAACCAGAUGAGUUCCUACAGGUCAAAAGUGUCAUACCAGACGGGCCUGCUGCACAGGAUGGGAAAAUGGCUACAGGAGACGUGAUUGUCUACAUUAAUGGCGUCUGCGUCCUGGGCACCACCCACGCUGACGUUGUGAAGCUUUUCCAGUCGGUGCCGAUUGGACAAAGUGUAACCCUUGUCCUUUGCAGGGGUUACCCUCUUCCGUACGACCCGGAGGAUGCAGCCAGCACUUUGCUGUCCCCCCUCGGGCUAAUUGAUCGCCCUCUGCUGCUCAACGGACGGAAUAGCUACGACAGCUACAUGGAGUACAUCUCCCGCACUGCUCGCUUCAUCGACCCAAUGCAAGCGACAUUGGCGCAGCCCCACCCUGGAGACACCCACCUGGAUGCAGGACCGCUGGAGGACAGCGUCUCAAUGGCGUCUUCAGGAGCGGCCGGAGGAGAGCUGUUAACAGUUACCAUGGUGAAAGGGGCGGAUGGGUUUGGAUUCACCAUUGCAGACUGUAAUGGAGGACAGCGGGUGAAGCAGAUUCUGGAGGCGCAGGGAUGCCCGGGGCUGUGCGAGGGCGAUCUGAUUGUGGAAAUUAACCAGCAAUCUGCACUAACGCUGUCACACACACAGGUGGUGGAGCUGCUAAAAGAGUGUCCUGUUGGGGCGGAGGCCACGCUGGUUGUGCAAAGAGGAGGGACAGGUCACUUUUCACCUUGGAAGACCUCUAAACAGGUCUUGGAACAGUGGGAUCCUCACAGCAGUCCCACAGCCAGUCUAUCUCUCCAUGCUCUCCCUCACAGCGCUCCAUAUCUGCAUUCGCCUUCAGGUCCAGAGUUUGACCUGACCAAACCUGACCCCUAUGACCUCUAUGAGAAGUCCAGGGCUAUCUAUGAGAAUAGGCAAAUGACUAAGUUGUGAGAUAAAUGUAUGCUUUCAUUGACAGUAUCGGAGUUCCAGGAGGUGGAGGUGCACUUGCGCAGACAGAAAUCCGGUUUUGGCUUCAGGAUCCUGGGCGGAGAGGAACCAGGACAGCCUAUCCUGAUUGGUGCAAUCAUCGAGAAGAGCCCAGCAGAUAAAGAUGGGCGUCUCCGGCCAGGAGAUGAGCUGAUGUCAGUCGAUGGGAUCCCUGUGACUGGAAAACCCCACCGUUACGUCAUUGACCUCAUGCAUGGGGCGGCCCGGACUGGACAGGUUAAACUCACUGUACGAAGGAGAAUUCAGACCACAGGUGAACCCUGUCCAGAGAACGGCCGCAGCCCUGGAUCGACCCAGCACAGUUCCCCCAGGAGUGACUUCAACUCCAGAAUGUUCUGUAACAACUCCGCCCCCUCUCAAAACUCCGCCCCAUCUACCACAGGCUCCUCCCCACCAGACACUGUAGCCAGUCGGAAUCUGCAGCCUAGUGAUGUCACCAUCCAGCGCAAGGAAAGCGAAGGGUUCGGGUUCGUUAUUAUCAGUUCUCUGAACAGGCCUGAGACCGCGGCUGCUGCUGCUGUGCCUCAUAAGAUUGGCCGCAUCAUUGAGGGAAGUCCGGCAGACCACUGUGGGAAGCUCAAGGUUGGAGAUCGCAUAUUGGCUGUCAACAAUCAAUCUAUCGUCAACAUGCCGCAUGCCGACAUCGUCAAACUGAUCAAGGACGCAGGACUCAGCGUCACACUCAGGAUCAUCCCUCAGGAGGAGACAAACAGCACACCUUCUGCAGGCAGUUCAGAGAAGCAGAGCCCUAUGGCCCAGCCCAGUCCAGUUUGCCAACCCAGCACUGUGAACCAAACCGGGGCUGCACCUCCACCUAACUCCACCCCUCAACCCAACUCUGCACCUCAACUCAGCUCCAUAACGCAGACUACUUCAGAAGCACAACCGAGCCCUGUCACUCAAACCAGCCCAGCCAAUCAGCCCAGCUCAGUGACCCAACAGAACCCGCCCACCCAGCCCUCCACAGUGCCAGUACAGAUCUACAGCCAUGACUGCAGCUACAGGUCAGAGGUAAAAGCAAGACAGGAUGUAAAACCCGAUAUUCGACAGCCAUUCACUGAUUACCGCCAACCCCCAGUGGACUACCGACACCCUCCUGUAGCAGACUACCGACAGCCACCAACGCUCGAUUACAGACACCCCCCACUGCUGGACUACAGGCAGCUGUCCACUGACCCUCGCACCUUCCCCUUACCGGACUACAGGAUGCCACAGGAUUUUGAUUUCUUCACGGUUGAGCUGGAAAAGGGUAUGAAAGGUUUUGGCUUUAGUAUCCGUGGAGGCCGUGAGUAUAAGAUGGAUCUGUUCGUUCUGCGAUUGGCUGAAGACGGACCAGCAAUACGCAAUGGAAGAAUGAGGGUUGGUGAUCAGAUCAUUGAAAUAAAUGGGGAGAGCACGAGGGAUAUGACCCAUGCUCGGGCCAUUGAGCUCAUCAAAUCGGGGGGCCGUAGAGUUCGCCUGCUGCUCAAGAGAGGCACAGGGCAGGUCCCUGAAUAUGCAGAUAAUCCCGCCCCCUGGGAUGCUCACACUACAGCCUCCCCAAGUCUGUCGGAAGUAGCACCACCCCUCGACAGCUUAUCUAAUCCAUCAGCUUCUUCUCAUGUGAACCCACCCACCGACCCACCUCAUACAUCGUCCUUGGAAGCAGCAGGUCUAGAUUGUUCCCAGGGUCCUAGAGGCCCAGAGAGUAGGGCUCUGGAGCAGGCCAGUGUGGGGAAGAGGUCAGCCCUGGCAGGUGGAGUUGGGGGUGGGACCAAGCAGAGGGAGGGCAGCAGGACCAACCAUCGCUCUAUUGGAGGGAAGAGUCAGCAACAAUACAUUGAUGAACUUGCGGGGGAGCCCAAAUCCCACAAAGGCAGCCGGGCAAAGUCAAAGGAUCGCAGGAGGGAGCGGAGCAAUACACCGUCUCAAAAGCGAGACUCACCCAAAACUUCUCCAAAUGACACCAACAUGAAUGGGGGAAAUGGAUGCCUGGAUGGUAGCAACCACCAACAAGGAGCUCUGGUGCCUUUCAAAGCCCUACCAAAGGAACCAGAGAAAGGGCAAAUGAGCCAAGAGAGUCGUCCCAGCCACAACUCCAAGACCAGCAGCAGUGCAUCAGGCAGGAAGACCACAGUAUCCCCAGGGCCCUGGAAGAUCCCUGGUUCGGACAAGCUACCCAGUACCCUGCGCUCAGCCACCUCCACCAUCAGCAGAUAACAUCUCAGUUUAGACCUUACUUUUGGCCUUGACUUCUUUUGGACCAACCUUUGGCUAUGAUCCGCCUUGUUUUGGGACUGGUUGGGCUCUUCUUGAUUGCUUUUCACAGGCUUGCUCUACUUGAAAGAGAUCAGUUUAAACCUUGACUAGGUACCACCCUCCCACAAUCCUCACUAAAGAACUUUCCAUGCAUUUCUAGACAGAGCAUUUUUUAUUUAUAUUUUAUUCUAAGUUAUUUUAACAGAUAUGACACCCACCACCUUAAGAACUGGAAGCAUUCACUCCAAAAAUGGAACCAUGGUAGAAUGAGUGCUGCAUGUAGCGUGCAAAAAGAUUCCCAGACUUGUUUGAACUGUUGGGAAAAAGCACUCAAGACUCAGAGAUGUACAUGCAUAGAGAACCACUUACUGAGUCUGAACCACCCCUGGUGGCUACAGAAAUUUUUAUACACUUUCAUUAAAAAAUGAAGAAUACUGAAGGAGUUGCCUGACAUACAGUUUUUGUGUAUUUGAAGAAUGAAUAUGAUUAAAAAGAUUCUAUAUGAGUGGACACUCGACUAUGAACUCUGCCUUAAAGACUGACCUGCAGAUGUCUGUAAAAGGGUCGGUAAAAUGAAUAUAGAAAUAGAUAUAUUAUAUGACUACAUGUAUGUGAGACAUAUUGUAAAUACGGUCUUUAAACCCCAUUGUUAGCCCAUACUGGAGUACUGAUAUCAUACACAGUGUAAAUUAGAAGAGUGUAAUCUAGAAUUCAUUCCUACUCCACUUUAAGGUGCGUUCCCACUGACAGCGAUAUAAACUUGAGUGGUUGCUAAUAGGUGUUCCUACUCAACUUCAAUACAGAACUGAAGGAGCCAAUGGACUUUGACCUUCUCUUGACUCUCAAUCUAUUCUCCCUUUAUGUGAGUACAUGAACAAAGCAAUUUGAGUCCAAGAUGGUUUCAAUGAAAUGAUUUGAUUGGCAGAGUGCCUUAUGCCAGGGGUGUCCAAUCUUGCUCCUGGAGGGCCACUGUUCUGUAGAGCUUAGCUCCAAUACUAAUUAUACACACCUGAACCAGCUAAUCAAGGUCUUCAGGAUUACUAGAAACAUCCAGGCAAGUGUGUUGGGGCAGGUUGGAGAUAAACUCUGCAGUACAUUGGCCCUCCAAGGUCAGGAGUGAACACCCCUGCCUUAUGCUGACCACUUGAUGCUUUAUUUGAGCUCUAAAUCCUAGGCAAUGACAUCAAGACAAAGAAAAACUUAGGCUGCUAUAAAUUCAUUGGAUUACACAUACGUGUCUCUGAAUGCUGAUUGGUGUCUAGAGAGACCAGUUUAUGUCCACAGUAUAGAUAUAUCAAUAUAAAAUUCAAAGCUAUUUUCGUACAUAGAAAUAGAGGUGAGAGUCUUCUAAAAAGAAGUGCAGAUAUUUAUUAAUGAUAUCUUUGACAGGAGUUCAAAUGUUUGUUGAGCACUUUGUCUUUAAGUAGACGUGUGUACAUAUAAAAUGCAGUACUGGAAAGAGUAUAUGCUGUGCAUCCAUGAUAUUCAUUGCAUAAGUUAAUUCUCAAAAUCCUGCUAUGGAACUAUGUUUUUUAGCAUAUUCCCCAUAUAAAAGGUGGUGUGUUGGUAAGUCUCUAGUUCACAUGGUUCAUGUCAGGGCUUCAACACUCCUCUCCACACAAGUGCUAUGCUUGUUGUGAAAACGUUGUGCUUGUUGCACCCUUCACAAAAGGGUGAUUUUAACAAGCUUGCUAAUAGCAAAUUCUGAAAGUACAUGAAAGAGGUAAAGUAUGCUAUUGUCAUGCAAUGUUUCUUUUCCUCAGAAUGUCAUUAUCCAUCUUGUGCUGUAUUUUGGUGUAUCUACAUAGACAGUCUAUCAGCCUUUACUAGCUCGUAUGCUAAGAUGUUAGCUUGCUAAUCGAAGGCUAACUGAAAACACAAAGAACCAAUUAAAAGGUCUCAGCUUA